AAACAUGUGUGUAAUGGUCUCUCUGGUCUCAGGAAGCAUGGCGUCAGUGUUGUCACAGCUGAUGGGUCAGUGGAUGGAUGUUCAGGGACUCCUGAUAUUUCUGUGUGUGCUGCUGUUGGUGAAACACCUGCGAGAUGUUCAGUCAAAGAACAUGCCGCCAGGACCCUUCCCUCUGCCUUUGUUUGGAAACGUAAUGAGUAUAGGCUUUAGUGAUCCAAUGGAUGUUUUUCCGAAGAUUGCUGAGCGGUAUGGAGAUGUGAGCACAUUUUAUCUGGGAAACAAGCCUUGCAUACUGCUCACUGGAUACAAGACUUUCAAAGAGGCGUUUGUGGAACAGGCGGACAUCUUCACGGAUCGGCCGUACUUCCCUGUGAAUGACAAAAUCUGUAACGGGAAAGGUCUGAUCUUCUCCGGUGGGCACAUGUGGCGGCAUCAGAGGCGUUUUGCUCUGGCAACACUGAAGUAUUUCGGUGUGGGCAAGAAAACGCUAGAAAACUCCAUCCUGCAGGAGUGUCUCUUUGUCUGUAGUACUUUUCAAACCAAGCAAGGUUUGCCAUUCAAUCCUCAUCACAUCUUGAACUACGCGGUGGGCAAUAUAAUAUGCAGCCUGGUUUUUGGCCACAAGUUUGAGUAUGACGACCAUCAUUUUCAUGAGCUGUUGCAGUAUUCAGAUGACACCUUCAAGCUUCCCAUCAACGCCUGGGGCCGGCUGUAUAACACGUUUCCCGCCGUGAUGUCAUUGCUGCCAGGAAAGCACCAGACUACAUUUGCCAACCUUUCCAAGCUGAAGCUCUUUUUUCUGGAUGAAAUCAGGAAGCACAAAGAGGACAGAAACCCUUCGUGUCCUAGAGACUACAUUGACUGUUAUCUGGAUGAAAUUGAGAAGUGUAAGGACAGUGAGGCCGAGUUCACAGAGGAGAACCUGAUACACUGUGUGUUGGAUCUGUUUGGAGCCGGAACAGAAAGCACGGCUAAAUCACUCAGCUGGGCUUUACUCUACAUGGCCAAGUAUCCAGAUGUGCAAGAGAGAGUCCAGUCUGAGAUCGAUCAGGUGAUUGGACAGACACGUCAGCCGUCGAUGGAAGACAGGACACAUCUGCCGUACACCUACGCUGUGAUCCAUGAAAUUCAGAGGUUUGCGAAUGUUCUUGCCUUCAUUCCACCGAGAGUUGCCAGCAGAGACACCACAGUAGCAGGAUGCCUCAUUCCAAAGGGUGUGAUGGUGCUGCCGAUGCUGAAGCCAAUCCUGCUGGAUAAGAACGAGUACAGCACUCCGGAUGAAUUCAAUCCUGCACACUUUCUGGAUGAAAAUGGCAAAUUUUUGAAGAGAGAAAAUUUCAUCCCCUAUUCAAUAGGUAAGAGGAUGUGUCCAGGUGAGCAGCUCGCUGGAAUGGAGCUCGUCCUCUUCUUCAUCUCGCUGAUGCAGCGUUUUACCUUUCUGCCUCCUGAGGGACAAACGCUGAGUCUCAAAAGAACAGUUGCCAUCGCGUCUGCCCCUGAACCUUUCCAAAUUCGUGCUGUUCCUCGAUAAUGUGACGCUAUUGCAACCUAAAACAAAGAAUCGCCUCAUUAAAGCACAUUGAAUAAGUCCAGAUAACCAUUUCUUUCUCUGUAGUUAGGAAUAUGUCAUUUUUACAUACUCAUUGUCAUUUAUUUCAUACACAAGGUCAGUAGUCAGGCUACUUUUUCCACUCAUCUUAUAUUUUGUUCUAUCCACCUGUCCCUUUAGGGGCUCUGUAAUUUUGCAAUGCGCAAGAAAAGUAUUUUUUGUGAACUUCUGAUUCAUCAAGAACAAUAACAAAGUGCAGGAAACUAAAACUAUUUGUGCUACAAUCCAGUGUGUUGAUAACGAUAAGAAGUUAAAAAUAUAGCUGCAAGCAGCCAUUACGGGGCCAAGCACAAAAGCAGAUGACAAGACAUGCCAACAUCGCUGGGAGUUUCAGACCAACAGCAGCAAGAAGCUAUUAUGGACAUUUAAAGAUGAAUUAAGGCAAAAUGGCUUAAAUUAUAAAUACAGUAACUUAUAAAAUGAUUUAAUGGUUUGUCACUUUCGAACAAUAGGUUGAAAUCAUACAUUGUGAUCAGAGUGAGGACACAUAAGUUUAAGUUUGGUGUCAAAAUGUGAAGACAUUGCAGAGAUAAAGCCUAAUUAGUCAUUUUGGCAGCAUGCCUCAACUUUGAAGCUGUGGGAUACGAAAACGGUUUGGUCUAUCGUCACGCAAUCCAUAACUUUCAGUUGACACGUAUGGAGAUGAUAGGAUUCGAUUUUGGUGAAAAUCUGACCAACGUACUAGUGAAAAAAAACUUGA